AUGAAUUCUCCUCCUGACCCAGGUUCCCCGAUCUCAACAGAGUCUUCAGGAUCACCUCCAGCAGAGAUGGAGGAGUCAAACUUCCCUUCAAGCUCGGGACCCACCGGCUACUUGGCCAAUCUUACGAGCCAAAUAUCCACUGCGUUCGGCGUAGGCGGCUCUGGUUCAUCCAAGCGUCGACUACCCUCAGGUCCUGGAUUUAGUGGUGCAUCUGCUCGUGAUGCAAAGUCAAGGAAACGCGGUGACACCUCCAGAUCGGGUACCACUCAGUGGGAAGGGUCAAAGGAAGCUAUCGGUGGAAAGAAAGAGAAGGACGAACUGAUUGAUAACGCGUUAGUGGAACAGCUGAGGAAAGAUAUUGGAGAUCCAUUCCUAGAGCCUGAUUUCAAGAAUUGA